GCAGCUCAGAGCAGUGGUUUAAUACACGUUGAUGACUUACGAACGAGUCCACGACAGGUAAAGCAGCUUACUCCACUUUGUGAAAGGUUCUUUGUUCAGCGAUCAUAUUGUACUAAACUGCAAAGUUUUUUAGAGAUUUUUCUUCAUGGCCUUAUAGAGCACUGUCAAGAUGUCACGUGUCGGAUCCAUAGACGAAUUACUCGUCCGUUUGCGGAAGUCUUCUGCAGAAGAAUCCGGAAUACACUCAGCGAUCCGGGCUGUAGCUAUGGCGAAAGACGAUGAAGGAACAACCGUAGAAGGAGUCUACACUACCGCUACACCUGAGGAAAAUAUUGGCGAGAAGAUGCUCCAUGAAAUUAUGGAUAAAACACACCUACCAGCUUACGUGAUUAUUCUGAUUGUGAUUGGGGUUUCAAUUCUGUCUCUAUGUGUUUGUUACUGCUGCAUCAAACGGUGGUGUCGCAAAAGGAAAAAGGACAGCAAGAAAGGACUGAAGGGGGUGGUUGAUCUAAAGGGCGUUCAAAUUUUGGGAAAUGCACACAAAGAAAAGGUACAGCCAGACAUGGAGGAACUUCCAACCAACAUGGAGGUUAAUGAAGGACAAGACGAAGAAAGUGCUAAGUCAGAGGUUAAACUAGGUCGUCUUCAGUAUAAGCUCGACUACGACUUCAGUACCAAUAAUCUGGCAGUAACAGUGAUCCAGGCCGAGGAUCUUCCUGGUAUGGACUUGUCUGGUACAUCGGAUCCGUAUGUCAAGAUUUAUCUGUUACCGGACAAAAAGAAAAAAUACGAGACCAAAGUUCACCGGAAGACAUUAAAUCCAGUUUUUAACGAAACCUUCAACUUUAAGAUCCCUUACUCUGAAAUAACCGCUAAAACAUUAGUAUUUGCUGUCUUUGAUUUUGAUCGAUUCUCGAAACACGACCAAAUAGGUGAGAUUAAACUCUCGUUGAGUUCGGUAGAUUUGGCUCAAACUAUUGAAGAGUGGAAAGAACUAACCAGUGUAGAAGGAGACCAGGGGCAGGAAAAUAAGCUAGGGGACAUAUGUUUCUCUCUACGCUAUGUGCCCACAGCUGGAAAACUAACAGUUGUUAUUCUCGAAGCCAAAAAUCUAAAGAAAAUGGACGUUGGUGGUUUGUCAGAUCCUUAUGUGAAGAUUAGUAUCCACCAAGGAAGUCGACGCUUGAAGAAAAAGAAAACGACAAUCAAGAAACGGACCCUUAACCCAUACUACAAUGAAUCUUUCACUUUCCAGGUCUCUUUUGAACAGAUUCAGAAAGUCCACCUAGUAGUAACAGUAGUGGAUUACGACCGUAUUGGAACUUCUGAACCAAUAGGAAAAGUUGUCCUGGGAUGUAACGCAACUGGGACUGAGCUACGUCAUUGGAUGGAUAUGUUGUCAUCUCCACGUCGUCCAAUUGCCCAAUGGCAUUCAUUGAAGGAGCCAGUGGAUGGAGGAGAAAAUUGAAAGUAAACGAUUACAAACAAAACAAGAGUUUGCCAUAUGGAAGAAGAUGAUGUUUGAAAGCAUAUAUAUAUAUAUAUGCAUGUAUGUAUGAUUUCUCUAUUCUACACUAUUGAAAUACGUGUGCAAAUAUGUAAUUCCAUAUAAAUUAUAACUAUUUUACUCGCUAAAUUGUGUAUAUGUGCCAAAUAUCGAUGCUGUAAAAACGCAUCUUUUGCAACAAUAUUUAUCAGUACACCCUUUGCAAGUUACACAAAGAAACUGUAGAUGCAUAAUGAUUAUUGAUUAUAACAUAAUUAGAGUUUAUGAUUGGAAUGCUUUAGUAGAUUUGACAACGAACUUUCCACGUAGUUCAUCACUCGACCAUCUUGUGAGACAAACGAGUAUUUAAAUCAGUUAUAAUUUCAGAAAGUAUAGAAUAUACACUAUCUACCAGAGGAGAACGCUUGACUUGAUCAAGAAAAGCGAGGACAUUUAUAAUUAGAAGUAACUAACUUCUGUUUCUGAAUAUUCAAUGAACUUGUUUGUUAUCCAGAAAAUAUCAAAGUUUUGUCUCUUAAGAUAUUUCAAAUUUUCAAAAAUGGUAUGAUAGACUAAAGCACUUGUAACGUUGUCCGAAAGUCACUUCUGACGUUGUACAUAUUUUACGUUCACUAUGACUGUGUCAUCCAAUAGGGAAGGCUAAAUUUAUAUGGUCGUUACAAUUGGAACAUUCAUAUCUAUCUAUAUAUAUAUAUAUAUUUCUACUGUACAAAUUAUGAUAUUUUGAUUGAUAGACUAAAAUUGAAUUAUACUUUAUAUUACAAAAAUAAAUACUGGAAUUACAGGGUUUAAUAUAUAACGAAUUUUACUGUAAGUGACUUAAAAGUGUUUUAUUUUUUUAAAUUGGUAACACUCUUUUAUUACUAAUAAAAUUUGUACUAAAACAUUAUAGUUAUCGUUAAAGUAGACUUAGUUGAUAAAUAAAAACGUAGAAGUGUACAACAUUAUAAUGAUAGUUAGGAAUAGAGUAUUGGUGAGAUGGAUUACAGUUCAGUAGUUGUUAUUUAAGUACGGAACAUAAAGCAGUAUUGAAAUAUUGCAUAAUUAGUAAUGUAACAUAGUAGUAUUUCAUAGAAGAUAAUUCAUAAAUUAAAACUAGCUGACAAAUUAUGUUUCUACUUAUAUCUCUAGUUCUGACAUAAUUUGGUAAAAUCUACUUUGUGAAGCCAUGGCGUUUCUGAAUCCAUAUGGUACGCUAAACUUAUAUUAAGAUACCAACUUACAUAUAUACUAAGAACGAUAUAUCAAUGUAGCUGUAUUACAUGAUGGUAACAAUUGUACAGAGAAGUUCAUUGAAUGCUUCCUUUGAUUGUUCAUUGAGAAGAUUAAGCAGCAAAAUACUUGAAUGGAAUAUAUUAAGAACGAUAUGUCAUUGUAGCUGUAUUACAUGAUGGUAACAAUUGUACAGAGAAGUUCAUUGAAUGCUUCCUUUGAUUGUUCAUUGAGAAGAUUAAGCAGCAAAAUACUUGAAUGGAAUAGUUACUAACUGUUGAGCUCCAACUGGCCUAAAGAGUACUGAUAUUGAGGUAAAUGUCUUGUUCCUAGUGGUCUACAAUAAACAAAAUUAUCAUUUCAAUACUGUGAAGUAUUUUUUUUCUUCUGAAAUUCCUUAUGAGAGUAUAAAACGUAUAAUGUUAACACAUAUUAGUAGACUUAUAGUAAUGUUCCAGUACACUUUUGUAGCCUAAAGGUUUUUUAAACACUUUUUAAUCUUCUCCAGAAACAAAGUUACCAUACUCGUAAUGACAGAUGUUUUAUUGUCUCAACAUAUGGUCUUAUUUCUACUUCUAUGGCCUCAUUCCUUUUUCUUAUGACCUUAUGCUCUUUCUCUUUAUAGUCACAUGCCUCUUAUUAUAUGGCCUUAUCUUCUCCUAUGUUAUAUGUUUAGUUUUAUGUUUUUUGUCACAUCAUUUUUUAUUUGUCUUAUACUCUUCAUCUGUGACCUUAUCGUCUUAUAUUGUAUUAUCUCCUUCGUCAAUGACCUAAAUUUCAUUAACUAUCGUUUUAUGCUUAUUGCUUUAUGUGGCAUUAUCAUUUUUAUGUUUGCUAUAUUUGUUAAUGACUUCAUCAUCGUUACUAGUCGUUUUACUCUUCUUCUGUGAUCUUUACUUGUUUAGUAUAUCUUAUGUUUCUGUCUUUUUUUCAUGAAUGUUUGUUUUCCUUUUCUUUAAAUCUUCCUUAGCAACUAUUUUUUACUCGUCUGUUUACACAAGAAAUAAAAACAAUUCACGAACAAUAUUUUUUAUUUGUCCAAAAUACGCAAAUUUUAAUAAUUACAAUUCAUAUCAAAGAUCUGAUACUCUUUUAGGGCAUAGUAAUAAUCGUCGUUAAUUUUUCCAAGGCUGCUUGUUUAGAAAGGAGUUAAUGCAAAGUUAAAGUUUGGAAAAGGGAGCUAAAAUGAAAGAAAUAUAACAACUUUGAUAGAGAUAACCGGUCCCAUUAAUGAAGAAGUAACUUACCUUACUGCAAAAUAGUUUAAGAGGUGACACUAAUUCUACAAAGUAGUUAAGAAUAUAUUACGUUUACCAAUAGAGUUAAAUAUACAGACUUUGUCAUAGAUGUGAUAACGUGACAUAUAUGAAUGCCAUACCCAUUUUAUUCAACAUGAAAUAAAAAAAAUUAGCGUAUUUUUGUACCUACCUUAUUUGUGUAGUCUUGAAUUUAAUGAACAGAUAUUUUCAUAUUGUUUGAAAGACUACAAUAUUUGAGGUUUUAUUGUUAUGGACGUUCACAAGUUCUCAAAAAUGUUUAAUUAUAUUAUAUGAUAUGUUCAGUUAAAGACUGAAGUGUUAAAAUAUUUGCUUUCCAACUUACUCCGCUUCUGAAACAAAAACGAUGAUUAAGGCGUUCUUAGUUGUUUUGAAAGAUCUUUGAUGUCUUAGAAAGAUAAUAUAUUUCGAAUCGUAUAUUCGUAAAUAAAGUUAUCUAAAAUGUUUAUAAGUCGUAUUUAGCAAACGUAUUUCACAACUACGUUAAAAAUAUUUCAUUUAAUGAGGGAUGUCUCAUAGAUGUUUGAAAAUCGAAAGAAACUCAUGACUUAGGUCUGAUUAAAGAACCCUCCUUCCUAUAAAAAUAACUCUAGAUAAAUGAAAAUGUCUUAUACUACUGAUAGACUAUAACUGUUAAUUUUAACCUAUUUCAUUAAAAGUGAUACUGUGCUACAAAAACAAUGUAUACCUUUUUAUGCGUACAGUUCAUGAGACAACAUCUAUGCUGCACGAACAUGUGGCACUAUGUUUUUUACUUUUGUGGUAAAGCUAGGGUUGAUAAAGUAAAAUUUACUUAUUUUAAGAAGUGUUAAUAUAAACAACUUACUUUGUGAAUAAUUUCGUUAACUCGUGAAAUGCUGAUGAAGUAAAUGCUGUUAAAACACUGAAUAUAAACCCAACUACGUGUAUAUAUAAAUGGGAUGAUUUUUAAAAUAUACAUGACAUAACGACCAUAAUUAAAGUGGCAAUCUGUGAAAAUGAAGUAUAAAGUUAAAAGGUCUAAAGUCGGUUUGGACCAUAGUGUGGAACAUUGUUGUUGUUGUUAUGACAGUUAUAAAUAUUAUAUUUUAAUUAAGAAAUGAUAAUAGUUAUCUAACGAUACUGCUGAGUUUAGAUUAUGUAAAUAGUCCUGUGUAUUGUAGAUUAUACAUUCUUUCAUUCAGCUACUAGUUAAUUGUUGAAAAUGUUGUUAUUCCUGGGUGUUAUAUUAACAGGUUACAUGUGUGAUCCACAAAGUGUACAAAGAUAGGCGUAUACUUGUGUACAAGAGUCAUACUAACAAAAACGAUAUUGUAUUUGCUGUAUCCGAUAUCAUGAUUGUAGCAAGAGUACGGUGUUAAUAUUGCUUGUUUUUUAAAGUAAAUACUGUCAAGAGUAGUGGUGAGAGACUUUACGUAAUUUUAAAGAUGAAUUGGCAAAUCAAAUGUAUUCGAAAAAUAUUGUCCACAUAAAUUGUCCAUUGAAGGAUGUAAAUUACUGGUAAGCUUUCAAGUGAGUUGGAGUUUGGAUCAUAUAUAUAUAUGUGAAGAAUUGUUUACGUGGUGACAGAUAUUUUGUAUUUUGAAGUUGCUUGAUGAUAUAUGAUGUGUUACGAUUUAUAAAGUUUCUCAGAUGUUACUUUCCUAGUCCAAUCUUUAAGAGAUGAACAUGAAUCCAAGUCCUUUUUGUGAUAAAAUUCAAACGAUACAUAUUAGUAUGAAUAUUUAAUUUAAAACAUUAUAACGGUUUUGCUUCAAAAUAAUUGUGAUAACACUAUCUUUCUAUCUAAUAGUACUUUAUUUGAAUUGUUACUAUCUCGAUAGAUAGUUUUUUUCCUCCGAAAACGGGAUAAGUUCGAUGUCUACAACUUUUCACGAAAUAUAUUUAUAAUAUGUUUGCAUUCCUUGCGGCUGCCAUAGGUUUUAUCUUGAUGAAUAAAUCUCUUGAAUAAAAGUACGAAAUUGAUUUGAAGAUUUACCUGCAACUUUCAAGAAUAGAGCUGUUUUAUCUUAGUACGAGACUCAUGAUGUUUAACUAGAUGAGCGAAUGAGAAAUGCUAUACGUACUGUUAAACAUAUUUAAUGCGAUAUUUGAAUUUCGAGUUUUCUUACCCUAUUUCAAUGUCAUUCCAAUUAGAUGAUUCAUUCUUUCGUUUUUCUUGUGAUAAUUAUGCCUACGGGAACAAACAUCCAUAUAAUUUUGAAAUUUUGAAACCCGCUGUUUCGGGUUUGAAUAUAUAGAAAAAAAAUAUUAAUCUUAAUUUGUUGAAAUAGCAAUUCUAGUUAUGAUCAAUUCUGGUAUGAUUGUAAGUUAUUUAUUUAUUAUAUGUAUAUUCUAUAGUUAAUCUAAUCUUAUACAGUAAGAUAAUCUUUUCUUAUAAUUUUGCUUACGUAUCGUUGAAUAAGAACUGAGUUUUAUUUCGAUCAUAAUUUAAGCAUUUUAUAAGUUGGUCAUUUGACUAUAUCAUGCACACAUUUCAUUCUUAAGUGAGAACUGAAAUCAUCAGUUUAAUGUGUAUAAUUUAUAAAGUAUUUGUUGGGCAGCAAAUUAUAUAUGUUUGAAAAUGUUCUUUUUGUGCAAGUAUGUUUUUCAACUUAAUAAUAUACAACUAAAUAUUUCUGAUGUUAUUGUCGCCUUUUACUAAUAAACCGACGUUGCGUGUGGUUUCAGUUGUAAUAAAAACAAGCAUAUUAAUCAAUAAGUAAAACAAUGCUUUCUGUGUAAAUUAAAUUAACAGUGCUAGAGCUUUCUUUAUCGCGAUUGCAUUUUAAAACAUAAGAUUUAAAAAAUAUAAAUGAUAGAUUUUGCUAUUAAUAUUACCUUACUAUAAACGCGUUCACUGCCUCAUUUAAAGUCGUACUAAGUUUGUAUAUAAUUAUAUUACUAAUUGUUAUCCGUGUUUGUGUAACGAUACAGACAAUAAAUAGUACUGUUACUGGCUAGCUGCCUUGAUUCAUAUAAAGCCAUGCUAAGUUUGUAAAUAAUUAUAUUACUAAUUGUUAUCCGUGUUUGUGUAACGAUACAGACAAUAAAUAGUACUGUUACUGGC